UUUCCAAAGUGCACUGUAUUCCUCAAAAUAUGUAAUUAGACUAUAAUUUUGUUCUAAUAAUCAACUAAGUGGUCAGAAGAUUUUGAUUUAUCAUGAUAUGUAUUUAGUAUAUCGAAAGAAAAUAAUUAGUUUAGUUCACAAUGCACAAAAACAGAAGUUUGAAAUAAAAUAGAAAGAAGUUUUUAGUUUUAAUCAUAUUCGAUAAUUUUUGGUUUUCAUUAUUCAAUAACUAACUGGCUUUAUAGCCCAGCUUACUCCCCAGGUUUCGAAUAUAUUCGUUUUUGGUUUCCCCAACGAUGGUGUUGGCUUUAUCCUUUGCAGCUUUUUCCCCAGUGGCAUCCCUUUGCACCCGUACUAAUUCUUGCUCUCUAAGAUCCACACCCCACUCUCAAGAAGCAUCCCUGCUCCGGCAGGCAGCAGAGGUGGCAGACCUGUCUGCAGGGUUGACAGCACCACACCCUAACUUUGGCUGUGUGAUAGCGAGAGGAACAGAUGUGGUCGGUCAUGGCUUCCUCUAUGCACAGGGCACCAAAUGUGCCGAGCUGCAGGCUGUGGAGAUAGCUCGUGAACUCUCCCGUGGUGCCACCGCCUACCUCAACCUGGAGCCGGGGGACUGCUAUGGAGACCUCACUCCUGUCUCCUCCCUUGUUCAGGCAGGGAUUUCAAGAGUUGUUGUAGGCAUCAGGCACCCUUUACACCACCUUAGAGGGAAGGCAAUACAAGCAUUAAGAAGCCAAGGGGUUCAAGUUGAUGUUGUUGGGGAGGAUUUAUUGGGUAAAGCAUUUGAGGUGCAUCAAUUACAGGAAGCUUUGAAAUCCUGCCUUGUAGUAAAUGCACCAUUACUUUACUGGGCUGCAUAUUGUGUUCCAUUCUCUGUUCUCAAAUUUGCAAUGACCUUAGAUGGAAAAAUUGCAGCUAGUAGUGGACAUGCUUCUUGGGUGAGCAGCAAAGUUUCUAGACAUCGCGUGUUUGAAUUGCGGGGCAGAAGUGAUGCAAUUAUUGUUGGAGGGAAUACUGUUCGUCGUGAUGAUCCACAGUUAACUGCAAGGCAUGGAGGAGGCCAUGUUCCUGCACGGAUAGUUUUGUCACGAACUCUUGAUUUUCCAGAAGAGCGUAAGCUUUGGAAUGUUUUUGAUGCAUACACCAUAGUUGCAACUCAAAGGGGUGCUUGUAAGGAUAUGCAGAAAAAACUUGCCUCAAAAGGUGUUGAAGUGGUUGAGUUCGACUUCUUAAACCCCAAGGAUGUCAUGGAAUAUUGUUAUGACCGUGGCUACCUCUCAUUAUUGUGGGAAUGUGGUGGAAGUCUAUCUGCACCAGCUAUAAAAUCUGGUGUCAUUCAUAAGUUGUUUGCUUUUGUAGCACCAAAAAUUAUUGGAGGAGAAAAUGCCCCUUCACCAGUUGGUGAAUUGGGAAAUGUGGAGAUGACACAGGCUAUUGACUUGAUUGAUGUAUCGUAUGAGCAGAUUGGUCCAGAUAUUCUUGUGAGUGGCUAUAUCAAGCCCAUCCCAGAUUUAUCCCCUGUAAUUCCAUCUGUUGAUGAAACUUCAGCUCUUGACCCAACAAUUUCACCUUAUGAAACGAACAUUAUUUUCUUCUAUAAGACAUGGGACGAGUAUGGAGUAUUUUCAAACUUUUCUCCCCAUCCUGUGCAAAUGCCUGAUGAAAAUGGGGAUUACAUCAUGUGGCCGAGUGUGGAGCACUAUUAUCAGGCCCACAAAUUCAUACCAGCUGAUGCUCCUCUAGCUGGAGAGUUUGUUCAACAAAUAAAGAUUGCAAAGAGCCCUGAGGAAGCUGCUCGCCUGGGGAGGAAGUUGCAGAGACAACACCCUGAAAUGGUUAGAGAAGAUUGGGACACUGUCAAGAUUGAUGUCAUGUAUAGUGCUCUGAAGUGCAAGUUCUCCACAUACUCGAACUUAAAAUCGUUGCUUUGCUCAACAGCAGGUUGCAUUCUUGUUGAAGCAUCACCACAUGAUCUCUUCUGGGGAGGUGGCCGGGAAGGAGAAGGCCUUAAUUAUUUGGGUAGGCUUCUAAUGAAACUGAGGUCGGAGAUCAUGGAAAAUACAUCAACACCUGUUUAAAACUUCCGGCCUUAUAAUUGAAGGACGCAUCUGAGAUGUACACUUUUGUUUUGCUGUAUCGAGCCAUGCGGCAAUAGCUGAUUUCACCGGAAGAGCCGCCCUUACCGGUGAAGUAUCCUGAAGGAAGGACUGGUGGCUUUGUUUACUAUUAUCAUUAUUUUAAUCAUUAGCAUUGGUAUUACUUGUUAAUUUGAUUUUUAGAGCUAAUUGGGCUGAUACAGCAAUUAUGUCAGACACAGUCAAUGUACCAUUAGACUCUUCUUCAUUAUCAGAAACUAUGCUCAAUUUCAAUAUUUGAUGUAAUUUAUUGUAAUUGACUUAAUAAUAUGGUUAGUUCUAUUA